GAUCCUUUUCUGUUAAAAACAACUGUUGACUUCUUUUGUAUCCUUUGACUUUGCGCUUGUACGGAAGAAAGAAUAUAUAAUUUCUUUAAAUUUGUAAAGGAUUUCACACCUUAAAAAAAAUUGUGUCUUUAAAAUAAGCAGAAAAAUGUCGGUUAAGUACAUAAAUAAAUAAAUAAAUAUGUUUGUGAAAAGUGUUGCAAAAGUGGCGGAUUAAUUUCACUUUCCGUUGGGGUUUUGUUUUGAAACAAAAAAAAAAAAAAAAAAUUGAAUGUCAGAAUUGUUUUAAAAAGUGGAUAUUUUAAUAUUGAAAGUGUUUUGAAUGUUUCCAAUUGUUUAAUGGAUAUUGCAGAGUUCUGAUUACGGGAGUUCCUGGUUACUUACCCUCUCUCAGUCGUUAUGACGAGUAUCAUUAUAUUAUUUGUAUCUUCAGAAGCCAUUAUUUUCCACAUUAACAAAACCAUAAACAUCUAAAAGUGUAUCCCCCCAUUUCCAUUCUCCAUCCUAAAUCUUAGUUAUUACUAUACCUUCCCAUUUUUACCCCAUCCUACUCCAAAAAAAUCACCCUCGUCCAAGAAACAUCCUUGCAAUGCGAGGAAAUUUCUUAUCUUUUACAAUCGGCUUUUGUCUCCUUGUGGCCAUUAAAACAUUCGGCAUAGUUUAUGAAUCGAAAAAAAUUUACUUCGAUGAUGGAUUUUGGGAAGAUAUACCAAAGGAUGUCAAUGGAACUGGGUCAUCUACAGGGAUUUUGGAACAACAAGUGGCGGGUAGUGAACAACAACAACAAAAAUCAUGGAGAAUCACAAAAAGGGAAUUGUCAUCAGACUAUGAAGAUGCUGGCAUGACGGUAUUUUACGUUGGCGUUUUGAUGGCUUCACAUUUGGAUUCACCUUUUGAUUUGGAAAGAUGUGGACCGGCUGUUGAUUUGGCCUUGGAUGCGAUUAACGAAGAGUUUUUGAAACCCCAUAAUAUAACACUGAGAAAAGUCCAAGCGAGCUAUCCAUCAUGUUCGGGAGCAAGGGCUCCAGGUUUAGCAGCUGAUAUGCAUUUUAAGGACGAUGUGAUAGCAUUUGUUGGACCAGCUUGUGCUUUUGCACUUGAACCUGUUGCACGGUUAGCAGCAUAUUGGAAUACUCCAAUUAUUACUGGAAUGGGAGAUCAGCCCCCUUCUGAGGGUGAGUUGACAGUCACAUCAGGAAUUCUUGGAAAAAUACAUAAAUGGAAAAAUGAAAGCACAGGAAUGUUUAAGGACAAAUCAAAAUAUCCAACACUCACGCGAAUGUCCUAUUGUCAGUGUAGAUUGAAAUUGGUGUUUGCAAGUGUAUUUCGUCAAUUUGAUUGGAAGCAUGUGGCUCUAAUUGUGGACAGAUCGGAUUUGUUUUCAUUGACAGUAGGAAAAAACUUGGAAUACGGUUUGCGACAAGAAGGUUUAUUAAGUUUUGUUCGAGAGUUGAACGGAAAUGAACAGGAACCAUAUGAAAAUUAUUUAAGGGAUGCCAGUAUGUAUGCAAGAGUUGUCAUCCUUUCCGUUCGAGGAACUCUUGUUCGAAAAUUUAUGUUAGCCGCUCACGCUUUGGAGAUGACAAAAGGUGACUGGGUAUUUUUGGAUGUUGAAAUAUUUCAGAGCUCUUAUUGGGGUGACCACGAUUGGGAGAUGGGCGAUGUUGAUGACACAAAAGCCCGCAAAGCCUACGAAGCAUUACUUCGGGUUUCUCUUCUUCAGCCAACAAGUCCGAAAUUUCAAGGAUUCGCAGACAAUGUGCGAGAUGUAGCAGCAAGGAAUUACAAUUACACUUUUAGUAAGGAUGAAGAGGUAAACAUAUUUAUUGGCGCCUUUUACGAUGGAGUUUAUCUUCUUGGCAUGGCUUUAAAUGAAACACUUACCGAAGGUGAGGAUAUACGGGAUGGUAUGGCUAUAACUAGACGCAUGUGGAAUCGGGAUUUUCAUGGAAUUACUGGACACGUGCGGAUAGAUGACAAUGGGGAUCGAGAUGCUGAUUAUUCAAUUCUCGACCUGGAUCCAAUCACAGGAAGGUUCGAGGUGGUCGCACACUACUACGGCAUCAACCGAAAUUAUACGUCAGUAAGUGGGAAACGAAUUCAUUGGCCUGGUGGGCGGGAAGGACCUCCGCCAGAUAUUCCAAAGUGUGGGUUUUUGGGAAAUUCGCCCGCUUGUCAUGGCAAUGAAAUGAUCAUUAUGUAUGUGACGUUUGCUUUUGCGAUUUUUCUUGGAUUUGCAACACUGGUUGUUUAUUUGAUGUGCAAGCAAUUAAAAUUAAACAGCGAAUUAAACAAUAUGUCAUGGCGAGUGCGUCCCGAUGAAGUUCUACUUGAAGUUGGACGACUUUUUGGAAGUAAAGUUGGUCUACAAAAGUUAAAUGCUGAGAACUUGUCUCUUCAACAAUAUGGAGUACACUCAGGUAGAGCGUCCAUAGCCAGUUGCACAUCUUUACCACUAACUCAAGUAUUCACAACAAUUGGCAUAUACAAAGGUGAAAGAGUGGCAAUAAAAAAAAUUGCAAAAAAGAAAGUCGACAUAACAUCGACUCUCCUGUGGGAAAUUAAACAAGCACGUGAUGUUUGUCAUGAGAAUACUGUUCGAUUUGUUGGUGCAUGUAUAGAUCUUCCACGGCCAACAGUUUUGAUUUUAACUGAAUACUGCCCUAAAGGAAGUCUCAAAGAUGUCCUUGAGAAUGAGGCGAUUCAAUUGGAUUGGAAUUUUCGUAUGUCAUUGAUACAUGAUAUUGUUAAGGGAAUGGCCUACCUUCACAAUAGUGAUGUGCAAGUUCAUGGGAAGCUAAGAUCUUGUAACUGUUUGAUUGAUGGACGAUUUGUUUUGAAAAUAUCAGAUUUUGGACUUCGAACACUGACUACUCCUUCAGAUUUUCUAAAGGAUCAAAAUUAUUAUAACAAUUUUCUAUGGAUUGCACCAGAACUUCUUCCAUUAACAAUUCUACCUGGCAACCCUGCCACACAGAAGGGAGAUGUUUACUCUUUUGCUAUAAUUCUUGAAGAAAUCGUAGUACGUGGGGGUCCCUAUGAAACUGCUCGCCAAUUUAUGGAUGUUCAAACAAUUUUAAAUCGAGUUGAGGCCCAUGAGUCUCCAUCGCCUUUUCGACCUUUCGUUGGCCAACGAGACUGUCCACCCGAUGUUCUCGAUCUAAUGAGCAAAUGUUGGGCAGAUAAUCCAGAUGAUCGACCAGCUUUUGUAACAAUUCGAUCAACUGUUCGACUUAUUAUGAAAGGAUUCUGUGAGAAUCUUAUGGAUGACCUACUCCGUCGUAUGGAACAAUAUGCAAAUAAUUUAGAAAGUCUAGUCGAAGAGAAAACGGAACAGCUUAGCAUGGAAAAACGAAGAACUGAAGAAUUAUUGUAUCAAGUUCUUCCAAGACCCGUCGCAACUCAACUUUUAGCUGGUGAAAUGGUGCAACCUGAACAAUUUGAAUGCGUGACGAUAUAUUUUAGUGAUAUUGUGGGCUUUACAGCCCUUUGUGCUCAAAGUGGUCCAAUGGAAGUUGUUAGCUUUCUAAAUGACCUUUAUAGUACAUUUGAUCGAAUUAUUGGAUUCUAUGAUGUUUAUAAGGUUGAAACUAUAGGAGAUGCUUACAUGGUGGUAUCAGGUCUUCCGGAACGAAAUGGCGAUGAUCAUACCCGUGAAAUCGGUCUUAUGGCACUUGCAAUUUUAGAUGCCGUGAAAUCUUUCAGUAUUAAACACAAACCUGAGUGUCAAUUGAAAAUCCGUAUUGGUAUUCAUGCUGGACCGGUGUGUGCCGGAGUUGUGGGUCAAAAAAUGCCACACUAUUGUUUAUUUGGAGACACAGUGAAUACGGCUUCUCGAAUGGAGUCAUCGGGUUUACCACUGAAAAUCCAUGUUUCACCAGCGGCUAAGGAGAUUUUUGAUAAAUUUGGUACAUUCGAAAUGGAACUUCGUGGUGAAGUUGAACUCAAGGGAAAGGGAAAAGUCAUAACCUAUUGGUUAAUUGGUUGCACAGAACCAGAUCCUAGACCACCAACUCCAUUAAAAAAUCAUGAAAAUGAAUCUCCAUUUCCGAUCUUAUUUCCAUGCAUUGGAAAGUAGUGAACCAUAAGCUCGAGGAUAAGAAAGCAUAUUUUAAGGUGUGUGCCAAAAAGCAAAAAAAAAAACAAAAAAUACAUUUGUACCUCUAGUUUUGAGAAAGAAAAAAUCAAUUAUAUUGUGUAUUAUUGUGUAUUAUUUAGGAUAUAAGAAUGUGUCUAAAUUUAUUACUAUACCAAAAAAAGAUUGUACAAAACUUAUUAACAACUUAAUCAUUCCUGAAGAAUGUUGUUUUAUUGUGAUCAAGGUACUUUUAAUUGUAAGAUCUAGAAAUGUAUAAU